UGUCAACACGAACAGUAGAUGAACCAUAUACCGUAUGUAAACAUGUCACGAACGGGCACGAAACUCGAUUGGAAAAAAGUUAACUCUGAAUUGUUUACGUUGACAUAUGGUGCACUGGUGGCCCAACUAUUAAAGGAUUAUGAAAAUGUAGAGGAUGUGAAUAAGCAAUUAGAAAGAAUGGGUUACAACAUGGGAAUUCGCCUAAUAGAAGAUUUUCUAGCACGCACUGGAUCUGGUCGUUGUUAUGACUUUAGAGAUACGGCAGAAAAAAUACAAACUGGCUUCAAGAUAUUUUUAGGUAUAACACCAGUGAUCGCAAAUUGGAGCGCUGCCGGUGAUGAAUUUUCUCUAUGCUUUGAAUCAAAUCCAUUAACAGAAUUUGUAGAAUUACCAGACCAUUGUUUAAACCUAAAGUAUUGUAAUAUAUUAAUUGGAAUAUUAAGAGGUGCCUGUGAAAUGGUACAAAUGGAGAUUGCUUGUUGGUUUGUACAAGAUCAACUUAAAAAUGAUAAUGUGAAUGAAUUACGUGUUAAGUUUAUUAAAAGAUUGGAAGAUGCCAUUCCAGCAGGAGAAGACUAAGUAAUUUUAUAUUAUUAAAAGAACAAAUAAUUGUGGCCAAUUGAUGACUCUAGCUUUUAUAGACAUAUUUUAUUAUUUAUGCUAUAUUAUAAAUGGAGCCCUUUUUUUUUUUAUAUCAGUUCAUCAAUAAGCUCAAUAUCUUUGUAACUAGCCAAUUCCAAUGAUGUAUACAAUAUGUAAAAUACAGAAAAGCGAGUUACAUUAAAAAAUGCUCGUAAUGCUUUGUCAAAAUAAUCUUCCCUUAAUUGUUUAGUAUGCAAUAAUCAAACAAAAAUUA